AUGCUUGAUCUCGGAUCAUUGCAGGGUGACUUACCGUCCCUCGAGCCCACGGAUACCCUGGAACCAUCCUCUCCCUUCGACAAGGUCAUACAAGCCUCAUGUGCCCUGGCAGACGGCCUCUUCUCCGACUGGCAUGAGCUGAAAAACAUCAUCAAGAAUCACGACGAGUUAAUCCGGAAACGAUGGCGCAACAAGACACGCGACCAGAAGAGAUCUGUCUUGCUGGAAGCGUGGGGGCACGACAUGAGCGAGUGUCACAGACCUGACUUGACCAAUUUCAUCAACACUUCCAACGAAUCAUCACACCCGCUUGAUGCUUAUAAGUGGCCUUCUAUCAACCUGGAAGAUCUCCUGAGACCUGGAGUUUUGCCGACCUUCCUUCACUCUCGCGGCAAUUAUCAUCCUUACGUUUUCUGUCAUGCCGAUCUUAGUGCUUGUGCACUCGGUAUCUCGGCAGGUAAGAUUCGACAAAACGAGGUAGAUGGGUGUAUCAUGCUCGUUCUCGACAACAACAGUACUCCGCAGAGUUACGUUAAAGUGUUCUCGGAAAGCUCGGCAAGCGUUACUCUCAACUCCACCUACAAUGAUAUGACUGGAUCUCUGUUUGGCAUCGGACAAGCCUUGCUCAUAUUGGAAAUACAAAAUCGUAUACUGCGCNNUUUUCUGCUUGCAUGUGCGAAGACCAUCGCCCAUGAUGUUGUUCUUGAGUCUGACCAAGACUCAAUAUCUGGUCCUAAAUCGCAGUCUACUCCUCAACCUACCAACGAACCCGUUUUCGAGACACUAGCAUCUUCCACCAUAGACGCCCCGUAUCGGAUUCCGGCACAAUUGGAUCGUUCCCGGCUUCGGUCUCUCAUUUCUGCUAAGCGCUCUGCCGUUGCUGACCACAUCUGGCUACUGCGAGAAGACCCAAGUUACUUCGCAGAUUGCGUCAAUGAGUGGAAAGAGCACCAGCCAGAGAUGCUUCUCGAUGCCCAAGGCAAGAAGCAUCCCAUACAUAAAGCUGGCCUGACAAAAGCUUUCUGGAACCGUGUCCUCAGAAAGAUGAUAACUGAUUCCUAUCUGUCGCUUUCUCUUUGGGACUACACUCAUCAAGAAAUGUGCAAGUUUGACAAGCUAACGCAGAAGUAUCCAAACCCGUCUCCGCUUCAGCCACUGCCCGAAGAACUUGCAUUUGCUAUCAAGAAGAUACGCCACCUCUUAGAGCUGUCGGCGGCGAAUUCCAUAACCCUACUUAAAGCUCAUGUUCCUCCGUCGCCUCCUAUGCUCAGCUACUGGCAUCGAGAAGGCACAUCUACAGCAGAUCAUCACUCGUCAAAAUUCCGCAUGAUUCCGAAUCCACGUCCGGAUCAUGACUCUGCCUUGGAUCGCCUCUUCUGGGCCUAUACCGCUUUGUGGGAUGACAAACAAUGUGCAUUGAUUGGUCUCCACACACUAGUAGCCGAGCUCGACCGCCUAACAUACGCUGACACUAGAGCGAAAGAACUUCAGUCCGCCUUGGUUGUCGACAACAUAGGUGAUCUCGGCGUAAUAUCCGAGUGCUUGCGUCAGUUGUCUUUGUACUAUCCAUGGUCGAGGGAGGUAGAACAGGAAUCGGCGCGCAACAAACAGCAAGUUGUGGAAGAGUUCUACUCAAAGUCUGCUGAGUGGGACAACUUUAGAAGAAUGUCAUGGCAGGGCGUUGAUUUGGCAGAAUUGGGAUCGNNCCAGGGGGAUGGACGAUUUUCUUACCCCAUCAGUAAUCGCCGAACAAAAACCAACGCCUCUGCGCUGUACAAAGCCGAGUUUCAACUCGAUGCAUUCUGGUCAGAAGUGGACAAGCAUCUCGCUUCACAGUCUGUGGCUCUCCCAGACAAGAUUAUGAGAUUGUUACUUUCCGGCAACCGAUCUUUACAACGAACUUCUGAAUGGGAAGAGCCUGCACCUGACAAGCCCAAGGGUAAGAUGAAUGGUAGAAGCAACGGGAAGACGCACGGCCAGACUCAUGGCAAGUCAAAAGCUAGUUCACACGACAAGCCGGAUGGAAAGUCUACCGCCCCACAACAAAAACACGAGGCUGUCAUUGAACCGUUGUCAUCGACCUAUCUUCAACUCCGCAGCUCUCACAAAAGACAGACAUCGAUUCAAAUUUUAGAACCGUUGCCAGCCACGAAAGAGCCGCGAGCCACGCAUGUUCCUGCGACUUCUGAAACAGACCCCAAAGCUACCGCAACUCCAGAAGGGUCAAUCUUGUACAUCGACAAACGCGCAAGAAAGGCCUAUUCUGCCCUUCUCUAUACACCGUCAGCGAAUGACAUGCCAGGGGAUACCACAUGGACCGACUUUGUGCACGCAAUGCUUUCGGUUGGCUUCGCGGUAGAAAAGCUCUUUGGUUCGGUCUGGCAUUUCACUCCUCCCGAGUCAAUCACUGGAGAAAGUAUUCAGUUUCAUGCACUGCACGCUGGAGAUAAAGUCCGUUAUCAUAUAGCGAGGCUUUUCGGUAGGCGGUUACACAGGGCGUAUGGAUGGAGUGGAGACAUGUUCGUUGUUGAGCAGUAG